CUCGUAAAAAAUUAAAUAACUGCCCGACAGUAAAAAAAAAAGUGGUUUAUAUCACUCAUAAAAUAAACAAUUCUUAUCACUACCUGCCUACUUCAAAUAAAUGACAUACUUAUCUAUUCUACCUUAUGCUAUAUUGAUAAUUGAUUUAGCAGUUGCUACAGUUGGUUGAGACUGACGACUACUAUAAAUUUGAGAAAAUGUUAAAAUAUAUUAUAUUAUGUCCACAUUAAAUAAUUUAAAAUUGAAUUAUAUAUUUUAAAAUAGUCAUCUCAUAACAAAAAGGUAACUGUGCCGUUUAUUCCAUGUAGGCAUGUACUGAUAAGAACCGUUUGAGUUCAUUAUAAGUAUUGUUUAUUUUUUUACCGAUAUAAACUGUUGUUUUUACUGUGGUAAAUUACUGAUGCUCUUGUCAUUUAUAUGACCUAAACUUUUAGUUUGUGUUGUUUUAUUUGAAAUUUUUUUCUUGACAGAUUUAUUAUGAAUAAAUUAGCACCAAGUAAAUGUACAGUUUAUGUAUCAAAUCUUCCAUUUAAUUUGACCAACAAUGAUUUACAUAAAAUAUUUGAAAAAUACGGAAAAGUAGUUAAGUAUGUAUACAAAUUACAUUUUAUAAACAGAAAAUAGACAUUUUCUCCAUAUUGAUUUUUUUACUGCCCUAGUCUUUUUCCCCUGAAAUUUUAGACAUGUUUGUGAAAGGUUAUUUUAUAAAAUAAAUUCUAAUAUUAUUCUUUAUUUCUAUUAAUUUAAGGUAAAUUCAUAAAUAACAUUAAAAAUUCAAACACUUAAACAAUUAUAAUAUACAACAAAUAACCUCAUAAUUUGGAUAUUUAUAAGACUUCAAUAAAGCAAUGCUUUUGUAACUAUUAAUGCAAUCACGUAUGGAAGUACGUAUUUAUAAAACACCAGGCAAGACAAAAUAAUGUUAAUAGUAGUUAAUAAUCAUAAAUCUUUGUGAUGACUAGGGAGCUAAAAAACUGAAUAAACUUUAUUAAUUGGUUGCAAUUAAUAUUGGUGUUAUUAUGAAUAAUAAUAAAUAAUAUACCUAAUACAUUUUUUAAUUUUAUUUAAUACUGUUUUAUUCAUUGCUAGGGGUAGAAGAGAAACGUCUUUUUAAACAUAAAAAUAAAGAUUAUAUAAUUUAAAAAAAUAAUGCAAAAUUGUAUGUAUUAGAUAUAGAUUUUAUGAUGGCUUGUUUCCAAUAAAAUCAUAAAAAACAAUAUAAAGAAAUGAAAAAAUAAAAUUAAUAUAAAAUAAAACAUAAUUACAUGGUAUUCCAUAAAGCUAUAACCUAUUGCAAAAGUAUUACCAAAGUAUUAAAUUAUUAUUUUUUUGAAAUUUUAAAAACAAUCAGCUGUUAAAUAUUACAUUAUUACUAUUUUACGUCAUUCUUAUUUUUGGGGUUGAAGCGACUCAAUAAUGGAAUAUUUUAUCUACAGGUUGACAGAAAAAUAAAAAUGUCAUUAAAAUAAGGAUAACAAAACAUAAUGGAAUUGUAAAAUUUUGCUGGUUGUUUUUCAAAAAUUGUUUAAAAAAGUUAAUACUUAUAAGAUAUGACAAUCUUUGUGGGGUACCACUGUGUAUACUGUUUUUCGUAAAUUUCUAAUAAUACUCAUCACUCAAUCAUGUUAAUGUCAAGUUAUUUAAUUUUAAAUGUAUAAUAUUAAUAUAAUUAUAUUAGAGUUACUAUAGUAAAGGAUAAAAAAACUCGUCAAAGCAAAGGAGUAGCAUUUGUGCUUUUUCUUAAACAAGAUGAUGCUAAAAUGUGUGUUAAAGCUACAAAUGGUAUUCAGGUAUCUAAUUAAGAUCUACAUAUAUUUAACACAAAUUUAAUUACAAACAAGUUGUCAAAUUGACAUUUUAGAUGUUUGGACGAACAAUGAAAAGUUCUAUUGCAAUAGACAAUGGCCGUAGUACUGAAUUUAUCCGUAAACGUCAGUAUACAGACAAAAGUUUUUGCUAUGAAUGUGGUAAAGAAGGACACCUUAGCUAUAAAUGUCCAGAAAAUUGUUUAGGUGAACGACAACCACCACCUAAAAAGAAAAAAAAGAAAAAUUUAGAUUGUAGAGAAGCAAAAAAUAAGGUAAAUGUUUAAUGAUGAUUAUUUUAUUUAACGAAGAUGUUUAAUAGUUAAAAAAUAUUAUCUGUAGAUUCGAGAAUCUUGUAAUAGUUCAGAUGAAGAUACAGCAUUUUAUGAUAAAACUAAAAACUAUGAUCACAAAAUCAAUAUAGAUGAUGGAACAUGUGAUAUGUCUGAUAAGGAAACUUUAAGUGCAGUAAUCCAAGAAGAAGUAAUCUAUAUAUUACAUAAAAAUAAUGUCUCAACUAUUUUCUAUUUCAAAUUAAUGAAUUAAAAUAAAAAAAAAAAAAUAGUACAUUUCUAUGGACAAAUUGAUAAUUUAUAAUAAUUUAAUUGAUUUUCAGUUAGAAAAAAAUAUUGAUAUGUCAAACAAAAUUAAAGUUGAAGAACAGCAUAAAAAGGUGUACCGUAAAGAUUCAUAUUUCAGUGAUGAGGAGGAACUUGUUGAUUAAUAAUUUUAGAAAUUUAUCUAUUAAAUAUUUUAAUUAUAAUGUUUUCACAAACCUGAAUUUAGAUAUGAUAUAAGUUAUGUAUUAGUUUCAUACAUUUUAACAUUAAUUUGAUUAUUAUCUUCAUCAAAUUGAUAUUGUGAGUUAUCAAUUAACUUGGGCAAAUCAAUUGAAAAUACUUCAUAAUUUUCAGAAGAACUGUAUUGACUAUUAUGUGGUAAUGAUUUGAAUUCAAACUUUUUAAAUUCUUUUACUAAAAAUUCUUUAUAAACAUAAAUAAAUAUUAAAAUAUAAAAUUAAAUAUAACAAAUAAAAAUUAUUUUAUUUCUUAACUGUUUGUUCUGCCAUAAUCAGUUUUCUGAAUUUUUUGAACUAUUAUAUCGUAACGUCCUUUACAUUUACUAAUAUGAUUACGAAAAUCUUGAUCAAAUUUUCCUAAACGAUAUAGUAUUAAAUAACUGUUUCCAAUAAUUUCUUCCAUUAGUUUUAAAAGAUCAAUGUUAAUGAGUUCCUUUUCUAACAAAUCAUACAAACAAAAUAAACAACUAAAAAUUAUUAUUUUAUAUAAAUCAUAAAAUAAAUAUUUUAAUAAGUAUAAUAUACCUUUUUCAUAAAUACUAAAAACUAUGUAUAAAAAGUGUAUAGUUAACUCCACAAAAGAUGAAGUACAGUCACAUGUUUUAUUUGGUAUUUUGUGCAUCCAUUUAGGUAUAUGUGUAUAAUUUAAAAGUACAUUUGCAAAAUAUAAAUAAUUUGUAACAAGAUAAUUGUCAUAUUUAAGAAGUUCUAAUUGAAGACAAAAAACUCGAAGAACACACGUUUCUAAAUUUUGAAUAAUAUAAUAAUUUCAUAAAUAAAUUACAAAACUAAUGUAUACUAGUUUAAUUUUACCUGUUGUAAAUGUACUAACACUUUCAGACAAAAUAAAUGUUUUUGGAGCUGAAAAAAAAAAUGAUUUUAUAGCAUUAUUUAUUUUUCUCAAGAAAAACAU